AUGUCAGAACAAUUAUUGUUAGAGAAGAUAAAAUCACUAUCUUCAAUAAUAAAUAAUCAUAAACAGCAACAGCAACAGCAACAACAGAGACAACCACAACAAAAUAAACAACCUCUUCAAUCUAUAUACAAACAACAACCUUCACAGCAGCAGCAACAACAGAGACAACCACAAAACAACUUUCAAAAGAUUCAACCUAUUGUAAAUAAACCGAAUGUAAAUAAACCAUCGCCACUACCAUCACCACCUUAUAAAGGUGUCAAGUCUACUUCAGCAACCCAGAAGCAACCUAUUGUAAAUAAACCUAUUAAACAGCAACAACAAACAACAAUACCAAAAAAGUUUAGUAACUCUUCAUAUGUUCGACCAUCAGCUAAUGUUAGCGGUGACUCUACAUCUCAAGCACCUUUGGUUUUACAACAACCAACACCUUCAAUAACAACUACAACAACUUCAAAUAAAACCUCAUCACCUAUCAUUGCAAAUAAACAACAACAACAACUAUUGUUAAGACAAAAGAAGAUGAUGCUCUAUAAACAACAGAAACAACAAAUGAUGCUACACUAUAGGAAAUCUCUGAUGUACGGUUUUGCUAGACCACCAUACUACUCUUAUUCAAGUCCUUAUUCAUAUUCAUUCGGUAGAGGCACUGCUACUUCAUCACCACCACCGUGGUUAUCGAGGCAACCGACUAUCACACCUAAAUACCAGUAUCCAGUAUCAUCAAUAACAGCAAUCAAAACAACAAUGCAACCAGCAGCCAAGACACUACAACUCAAGAAAGCAACACAACUCUUAAAGAAAAAGAAUGGUUCUGUCAUCGAUGCAAUCUAUAUCAAGCAAGGCAAUACACUCAUAAGAAAGAAAUUAGACAGUACAUAUAUAACUGUAAAUAAUAAACUAAUAAGACAAACCGAUAGUAAUAAUAAUAAUAAUAAUAAUAAUAAACCAACAACUUCAACUACAACUACAACAACUUCUACAACUACAACAAUUAAAAAGAAACCACUGCCUUUAGCUUCAAAGAAGAUAUUUAAAGCUCCUACAAAGCCAAUUGGUGAUAGAAUGAAAGCAGCACUUAAAAAGAUGGAGAAAAAGACUCAAUAUUGUUUAUUUUUUAAUAGAUUUGGUGAGAAUAAUUUAGAAUUUCUAUUUCUAUACUCUUCUACUCUAGAAUAUCUAUUAGUUGAAUGUAAAUGUAAUAAUAAUGAUAGUUGUAAAUAUAUUCAUGAUAAAGACAGGGUUAGAGUAUGUCCAAAGUAUCUGUCUGGUAAGUGUGAAGACGAGAAUUGCACUCUGCAACACAAAACAGUGGAUAUCGAUCAGAUGCCAGUGUGUUAUCAGUUCCUCAGGGGUAUGUGUACUCACGAGAACUGUCCAUACCUACAUGUCUACGUCUCGAGAGAUGCCGAAGUGUGUCCAGAUUUCCUAAAGGGAUAUUGUCCAAACGGUUCAGAAUGUCUACUUCGCCACACCUACAGUUACAAAAAGAAAUCAAAAGACGACAAUCAACAUAAUAAACAAUAA